ACGGGGGAGGAGCUGACGCACCGGCUCCUCCGCCAUUUGCAGGAUCGGGCGCGGAGAUAGAGAGAGGGGACACGACAGUCUGAGGAGGAGGAAGCGAGUCCCGACAUGGACGACGAUUCGUACCCGCGCACCCUCUACGUAGGUAACCUCUCUAGAGAUGUGACAGAAGCCCUUAUACUUCAACUUUUCAGUCAGAUUGGUCCAUGCAAAAGCUGUAAGAUGAUUACGGAGCAAACCGCAAGCAGAAGGGUGAACUCUUCUGUUGGAUUUUCUGUUUUGCAGCAUUCAAGCAAUGAUCCGUAUUGCUUUGUGGAAUUCUAUGAGCAUAGGGAUGCGGCAGCUGCAUUGGCUGCAAUGAAUGGCCGUAAAAUAAUGGGUAAGGAAGUCAAAGUAAACUGGGCAACAACACCAAGUAGCCAGAAGAAAGAUACAACGAAUCAUUUUCACGUGUUUGUUGGAGACUUGAGCCCUGAGAUAACAACAGAAGAUCUGAAAUCUGCAUUCGCACCCUUUGGUAGAAUAUCGGAUGCUCGUGUUGUAAAAGACUUGGCAACAGGGAAAUCUAAAGGGUAUGGAUUUGUAUCUUUCUACAGUAAACUGGAUGCAGAAAAUGCAAUUGUGCAUAUGAGUGGUCAGUGGCUGGGAGGCCGGCAAAUUCGAACAAACUGGGCAACGCGCAAACCACCAGCCCCAAAGAGUGCACCAGAAAGUAGUUCUAAACAUCUAAAAUUUGAAGAAGUAGUGAAUCAGUCUAGUUCUACAAAUUGUACUGUCUACUGUGGUGGUAUUGCAUCAGGCUUGACAGAACAACUUAUGCGUCAGACUUUCUCACCAUUUGGGCAAAUUAUGGAAAUCAGAGUUUUCCCAGAAAAGGGAUACUCAUUUGUUAGGUUUGCAACACAUGACAGUGCUGCCCAUGCUAUAGUGUCAGUAAAUGGAACCACUAUUGAAGGCCAUAUUGUUAAAUGCUACUGGGGUAAAGAAACUACUGAUUCUACCAAGUACCAACAGAUGGAAUUUACUCAGCCCUGGAGUCAGUGGGGUCAGUGGUAUGGCAACACUCAACAAUAUGGUCAAUAUGUGGCCAAUGGUUGGCAGGUGCCGCCUUAUGGAAUGUAUAGCCAAGCGUGGAAUCAGCAAGGAUUUGGAGUUGACCAAUCUCAGUCCGCACCCACCUGGGUAGGUGGAUUUAGUGCUCAACCAGCACAGGGACAGGGUACAGCUGUCAUACCUAACCAAGCUGGCUUUGGGAUGGCAGGAUACCAGACACAGUGACCAGGGACUUGUUCUAUUUACCUACAAGUCAGGAGCCCAGAGUUUUCUGUUGAUGAAACAUCAAAAUAUUCACUGACGCCAUGAGUAAAAUAUAGACUAUUUAUUUUAAAGCUGAAUAUUUUAAAAAUUCUAUCACAGCUGAGCUCAUGGCGGAGGAUUUGAAAUGUUUCCCAGUUCUGCUCUUUUUCUUUGUUUUGGGAUGGGGAAGGUUUUGGUGGGUGGGGGGAAACAUAUAAUCUGUUAACUUGUUUUCAAAGAGUGAAGUAAUCGAGAACAAUGAAUUUAUUUUGAAAAUGAAGUGCUAUUGUGUAUGAAUUUAAAAAAAAUAAAUGCAGUGUUAGUGGGAAAAUGUCAA